UGACAUUUAGUGUGUCAAUGUCAAAUCACCGAUUAAAAUUCAGUGUAUAUUCACUGCGCCUCUAAAGAUGUCUUCAUCAAGUUUAAAGAGAUUUUUCUUCGUGAACAAAACCCAAGUAAAUCAAAUCAUAAAACGGCAAAUAUCAAAAGUCCUCAACAAUCCGAGAGUUAACAAAGGUCUGGCGUUUUCGAUGGAGGAACGACAACUACUGGGAAUUCACGGUUUGUUGCCAGCCCGCGUGAAAACAAUGGAGGAACAGGUAUUCUUCUGCAAAUUAACGGUUCAAAGUUACAAAUCGAACCUGAGCAAACACUUGUACUUAACAGAACUGUCCGAAAGAUCAGAGAAACUAUUUUAUCGACUUCUAAUCGACAACAUUGAAGAGUUCAUGCCAAUAGUCUAUACACCGACGGUCGGACAAGUUUGUCAGAAGUUCGGGCUGUUGUUCCGUCGUGCCAGAGGCCUGUUCAUCAACAUCCACGACAAAGGAAACAUCGAGAACGUCCUGAGAAAUUGGCCAGAAAAAAACGUAAAAGUGAUCGUGGUAACCGACGGCGAGAGAAUUUUGGGACUGGGUGACCUCGGUGCCCACGGUAUGGGAAUUCCGGUCGGAAAGCUUUCCUUGUACACCGCCUGCGCUGGCAUCAAUCCGGCACAUUGUCUGCCCAUAACGUUGGACGUAGGGACCAACAACAAAGAACUUCUGGACGAUCCUGUGUACGUUGGUUUGAGGCAAAACAGAGAACGUGGCAAGAAAUACGAGGAGUUCGUCGAUGAAUUUAUGGAAGCUUGUGUGGAGGUCUACGGUACCAACGUGCUGGUUCAGUUUGAAGAUUUUGCAUCAGCGAACGCAUUUUUGUUUCUCAACAGAUACAGAAAUAAAUAUUGCAUGUUCAACGAUGAUCUGCAAGGUACGGCUGCUGUUGUGGUGGCUGGUUUACUAGGUGCUACCAAAAUUAUUGGUAAACAAUUACGCGACUGUAGGAUAUUAUUUUUUGGAGCCGGUGGUGCCUGCGGUGGAAUAGCUGGGUUGGUGAAAGCGAUGAUGAUACGUCAAGGUUUAUUGGACUCAGAAGCGAUUGACAACAUAUACAUGAUGGACGUGGACGGCCUCGUGGUUAAGAACAGAAGCAAGGGCGUGAACGAAGGGCCCAAAAUGCAGUACGUAAAGGAUCUCGUCGAGUUGCCAAACUUUUUGGAUGUCAUCAACACGGUAAAACCGAAUAUAUUGAUUGGAGCUUCCACGAAAAAGGGCGCAUUCACGCCGGAUAUACUGAGGGCGAUGGCCAAUUUUAACGAACGACCUGUCAUAUUCGCGUUGAGCAAUCCGACGGAUCACGCGGAAUGCACUCCCUCGGAAGCCUACGAAAACACGGAUGGACGUUGCAUUUUUGCCAGCGGAUCUCCCUUCAAGGAGUUCGUUUACAAGGAUAAAUUGUACAAAACGGGACAGUGCAACAACUGCUACAUCUUCCCUGGAAUCGGUCUGGGCGUGAAGCUGGCCCAUAUGCAGCACAUUCCCGAGGAAGUUUUUAUAAUCGCUGCUCAAACUGUGGCCGAGUGUGUUAGUGAGAAACACAUCGAGCGGGGCAGUGUCUUCCCUUCCAUAAAUGAAAUACGCGGAGUCUCUAACAAAAUGGCUGCUAACAUUAUGAGAUAUGCCUUUGAGAAAAAUAUUGGUGGCAUCAAUGUCCCAAGUGACAUCGAACUGUAUAUCAGAAGACAUCAGUACGAUGCCAGUUAUGUAAGUAGCAUCCCUUUGACGUGGCAGUAUCCAUCACAAGUUCGGGAGUACGAUUUGGAAAAAUUCAGAAAACCCGAGGAUAUAUUAAUAUGAGUUUUAAUAAAGCGUUUAGUGCUAUCCUUUACAAAA